UGCAGAAGGAUGUUCAACAGUUCGCCAACUGCGCAAUUGUCGCGCUGUGUCUCUCGUAACGACGUUUCGGGUAUUGUCUCUGUGCUUAAUUACCGUGCUUAAGCUCGUUGUAUAGGUUGCCACAGCGUCUGAAGCAACGGAAGUGCGUAAAGUGUGUGCCGUUGGUGAAAGUUCGCGACCAGUUCACGAGUGCAAUGGCAAACGAAAGUUCCGAUUCGGAACGCGAGGACACCGUUUACUUGGAGAAGGAAUUGCCCGUAGUCGAUCCCGACACUCUCCAGGAUGUGCUCUGCAUCCUUGCCAAGCAAAACGACGAAGCAGUUCGCGAACCGGAAGAUUAUUUGGACUACCUGUCUCCGAGCACCACCGUUGAGCUGCUGUUCCAGGCUUGCAUCAGUCUCAAGCUGCCCGUCUGUGUCCAGGUCACGGCGCUUGAGUACCUGGACAGAUUCUUCGUGCAACACGUGCGCGACCUCCGCGCGCAAUCGGCCGAUGGCUCCCACGGCUGCACCAACGUAUCGUGGGACAGCGUCAUGGACAGGGUGAAAGACCAGGCGGUGCUACGCAUGUUCUCCUGCAUACAGAUCGCCAGCAAGUUGUUCUCCAGCGUCAAGGGCCUGAGCAGUGCGGACGUUCGGGACGCGCUGAAGGAGGCCGGCUACUCGUACAGCCACCACAGCGUGAUGCAGUCCGAACUGCGCGUGUUGAAGACGCUGCAGUACCGCCUCCAGGUUCCAACUCCUCUCGUGUACGCCGAGGUGCUGCUGGAAGUCAUAGGCCACAACGAGCCGAAAUUCGAGCCGAAGGAGCUGUAUGCGGUGACACUGCGCGUGAUGCAGGGCUUCUACCUGGUUCGCCUGGAGAUCCACAAGCGUGCUAAGGCACACCUGAAAAUGGACCGCGGAGCCAACGGGGAAGAGCAGAACAGGAUGUUCCGUGCCUUCAAGGUUGACCGGAUGUUGAUCGCCUCCUCUGUCAUCGCCUGUGCUGUCAAGAUCAAGUUUCCGCGGAGAUACAGAGAGUUCCUCGGCCUCCUUCAAGACGCCACGCGGCUGUCGGGAAAAGAGGUCCACCAGUUCAGCUCCCUCAUCAUGACUGUCCUCUUCAAGGAAGAUCCGGUUGCGCAAUGAACAUCAGUUCAUCCGACAAACAAACAGUCAAACUGUAUAGUCGUCGAACUAGUCCUUCUCUUUCUAGUCAUUUUUGAUGCUAAGUUGCCCUGCUUUAAGUCGUAUGUACCAUUGCAAGUUUGCUAUAGGUUCCCACAAACGUUGGGACGGUGCAAAAUUCAACAGGCAUUGUAAAGAAGAAAAUAAAUUACUAUUUUUGUUGGUGUCGACCUUGUCA